AUGCGGCCGCUGGACGACGGCGCACAUUCCCCUGGCGACCGCCACCCCCUUGUCGUAGAGGCCGCGUGUCCUCGCGACGCGCAUAACAACGACAAUAAUAAUAAUAAUAAUAAUAGUGAUAACACUGUAGGCGGUGAUGGUUGUGCGGCGUGCGUGCGCGUCUUGGCGGUGGUGCCGUACACCUUUACCUUCAGUGCCCCCGUGAAGGGCCGUUGGCUCGGGCUUCCGCUCUUGACGGUGUUCGCCAAGGAAUUUGCGUACAUCCCGCCAGUCUCGGAGGCCAAUGCGAUGCCGCGGGCCAGUCUUGAUCCCCGCAUCACCAUCCCUGCGUAUGUUGAGGAGCUCCGCACCAGUCUUCUUUGGUUGCGUGGGCGGGAGGCGGAAUGCCGUGCCGCCGGUGACGCCUACGCCGAGGAACUUCGCCGUCUCUGCCCAUCCCUCCACCCCAUCGCCAACGUUGAUGCGACAGGAGAUCCGCCGGCAGACAUCCUGGCGACGAGCUCAGAUGCAGAGGCUAUGAAUACCCUGCUUUCCGCCGUGUCACCACGCCUCUUGCUGCGGCAGAAGGAUGUUAUUUUGCAUCGUGUGCUUCGCAGGGAGGCGUCCAUGCCAUAUGGCGACCCACUGCAGGUUCUUCGCUACGAUCAUGUCCCAUGCGGUUCCCAUCCCCGUCGUUUGCUUGUUGUUCGCAAGCCCCACGGAUUGCCGGUGCAUCCAUCCGGUCGCUGCCGCAAGAACUCUGCGACGGCCAUCUUGGAGGACGUCUUUGGUGGCGUGGAUGCCCACCGCUACCACGCAGUGCCACUAGAAGGCGAAGAGGACAAAGUACAGAGGCGGCUGCAACAAGCGGACGGUGUACAAUGCAUGGCAAUUUGUCACAAACGAUAUGGGUUCGAGCUUAUCCGUGUGUGGGUGGGGGACGGUUACGUGACUCGUGAUGCGUGGGAGGAGUUGCGGUCGCUGCUGACGCGGCAGUCCUCGCACGGGCUGAAGGUCUUCGUCGUCCACCGCCUUGACGCCGCCACCAGCGGUGUGUUGCUCUUCGGCCUGGACUCCGCUAGCGCACGCGCGACAGCCGAGCUACUGGCGCAAAAGGACUCCACCGACAACAAGGAGGCACCGAUGCCGGGGGUUGGGUGCACAAAGCAGUACAUUGCGCGCGUGCAUGGCCGCUUUGCUGUCGCCGAGCUUGCCGCAACACAUCAUCACUGCAGUGACGCUUACGGCUUCCCUUCCACCGUCGCCCGUGUCUCGUGCGCGCUCCGUGCAGGUCCAGGGGACGACAACGACAAGGGCCCGUGUUGGUUGCGUGUGGAUCGCCCAAUCGGGUGCCUAUCGUACCAUGAGAGUCUCUACUGGUGCCCCGACGCCGCGGUCACGCAGUGGUGGCUGGAGGAGCGGGGGAAGGGCACAGCGCAGCAACCGCAUGGCGCAUCGGCGGUGAAGGGACAGGCAGCAGGGCGAAAGCGCGGCUCACACUUUGACGCUGCCGCCUUGGAAGCCAAACAUGAACGCAUGCGGCAGUUGACUGUUGGCGGGUGCUCAAGGGAAGGAAACGAUGGGGGGGGCAAUGUUGCCUGCGGGCACCCGGAGAGAACCACCGCGGAGCUGCAGACGCAGCAACUAAAGGAAAGCUUGAAACCGGCGAUUACGCUCGUUCGCCUUGUCGUGUACGACGCCGCCCGUGACGAAUCCGUAGUGGAGUGUCUUCUUCUUACGGGUCGUACGCACCAAGUGCGUGUCCAUUUGGCCUCCUUGGGCCACCCUGUCUGCGGGGACACAAAGUACAUCCGUCUCGCUGCUGGUAGUCUGCCUACUCCGUUGCAAGACGGACCGCAUGACGCGGCGGAAGAUGCGGGAUAUCUGCUGUCGCACGCCAUUUGCUUGCAUGCCUGGCGCUACACUCUUCGCUACGCCGCUGGUGAGGCACCGGAGGUGCUGGAGGCGCCGCCACCCGCAUGGAGCGUAGCAGGCAACGACGAAGGCGUGCAAGCCGACGCGCGGGCAUCACCUCGCGUGUGA